AUUAUAGAGUUUGAAGGCAUGUUGAAAUGGCGACACUCUCAACCACAGAGAAAAUAGAAAAGAAAAAGGAGAUUUGAAUGAGAAUACUACUAGAUCGUCCCCUCCCCUGUUGUGUGUCAAAAUUUCCCUUUCAUUAUUAAUUAUUCUUCAUCCACAUUCUUGUUCUCGUUCUCUCCGUCCAUUUCUUCUCUUCUCUUCAUUCGGAACGCAGAUCACCGCCCUAAACCAUUGAUCUGUCAUGAGCACCGGGGAGCUUCUUAGCAUCGAGCCUCUCGAGCUCAAGUUCUUCUUUGAGCUGAAGAAGCAGAUCUCAUGCUCUCUUCAAUUGUCAAAUAAGACCGAUAGCUAUGUUGCUUUCAAGGUGAAAACAACCAAUCCUAAGAAAUAUUGUGUUCGUCCAAACACUGGAAUUGUCAUGCCGCGAUCUACGUGUGAUGUUACAGUUACCAUGCAAGCGCAAAAGGAAGCUCCACCUGAUAUGCAAUGCAAGGAUAAAUUUCUUCUUCAAAGUGUAAAAGCACCUGAUGGAACAACUCCAAAGGAUAUCACUGCUGAAAUGUUCAACAAGGAAGCAGGACAUUUGGUUGAGGAGUGCAAAUUGAGAGUGGUGUAUCUGGCCCCAACUCAACCACCGUCUCCAGUCGCAGAAGGUUCUGAGGAAGGGUCAUCACCUAGAGGCUCUAUCUCUGAGAAUGGAAAUUUCACUGGUCCUGACUCCACACCAGUAACAAGGGCUUUUGCUGAACGAUCAGAUGUUCCAGAAAAAUCUGCAGAGGCAAAAGCUCUUAUUGCAAGGCUUACUGAAGAAAAGAAUAAUGCAUUGCGACAAAAUAGCAAGCUUAAUCAGGAACUGGAGCUGCUGAAACGUGAAAGCAGCAAAAGUCGUGGGGGCGUCUCGAUGGUCAUUGUCAUAUUAAUUGGUUUGCUUGGCAUAAUAAUGGGGUAUCUCAUGAAAAAGGCCUAAGGGCCGUUUUC